CCAGGGUUGCCGACCCCUGAACUAAGCCAUUCCGCCAAAGAUAACGAAAAUACAGUCGCCUCCAUCCACGCUUCUUCAAACCUACACGUCACUUCCCUUAAUUAUGGUUACAUUCUUGAGUUAAGAAUCAACUUUAGUGUAAUUGUUUCAGCAUAUCAGCGUCUGAAUCACCUGGUGUGUUUAAUGUUCAAACGAGCCUUCAAAAACAACGGCAAUAGAAGAGACGGUAAAUAAAUGUUUUCUUGCUCUCGGCUUCCAUACGGUCCCCUGGUCUAGUCUGUCUAAUGGAUGCCAACCCUGAAUGAUAAUUAUGGCUAAUGGAUUGUGUUUAGGGAUGCCUUUGCUCUGUUCAGUUUGGGCUUUGAGUGUAAAUAUGACUGAUGCUUCCGCAGUCUACAGCUUUGGCUCAACCCAGAGUGGAAGUCACCCCAGCAGCUAUAGGCCAAGAAAAUAUCAUCAUCCACAAAGCCAUACCCCUCAUGCAAAUGGCCUCGAUACCAUCCACCUUGGGAAUCCCCGAAAUGGCAGAAGUGUGACCAGUCCUGGCAAGAGAGGAACUGUCUAUAUUGUAGGUAAUCAUGGUCUGAGAAGAUUAAUCGCCACUCUCUAUAAGAGAGUUCGUUUUGCACAUAGUUUCCAUAGGGGCAGUAUCUACAGUGUACGCAAUACUUUCCAGGGUGAAGGUGCCAUCAACCGAUCUUUAUCCAGAAAUAUUGAAAAUCGCAAGCGUUAUCCUCCAAGUGCGAUGAAUGCUGGCCACACAGGAAGUGCUUUUGGCCACUUUGCGUCCGGACAAAGCCGACCAAGUGGCUCUGAUCUUAAGUAUCUCCCCUUUAUUAUCAGUCAUUCAGCCAUUCAGAUGAGGCCUGUCCUCAUUGGGAAUGCAGCCGGUGUAGACUUCCCUGGCCCGAGGGCCACUGGUAUGCUCAACCGUGGACGAAUAAGAACCUCUCAUGGCCACUUUGGGUCUGAAGAUAGAGGAACAAUUCCCAGAAACAUGCCCAGGCGUGUUGUUCCUGCCCACAGUGAGAUUGGCCACAAUGAAGACCAUCAUGCACACAGUGGGAAUACCUACCGCCAACCUGUAUCUGCACAGAGUGCCAAUGAAGGAAACAACUAUGAUCACCACAACCUUGCCCCAAAUCUGUUUCAUCCAUCCACCAUCAACUUUGGGUCUGCCCACAGUGAGAUUGGCCACAGUGACAACAAUCAUGCACACAGUGGAAAUGCAUACAGGCAACCUGUAUCUGCACAGAGUGCCAAUGAAGGAAACAACUAUGAUCACCACAACCUUGCCCCAAAUCUGUUUCAUCCAUCCACCAUCAACUUUGGGUCUGCCCACAGUGAGAUUGGCCACAGUGAAGAGAAUCAUGCACACAGUGGAAAUGCAUACAGGCAACCUGUAUCUGCACAGAGUGCCAAUGAAGGAAACAACUAUGAUCACCACAACCUUGCCCCAAAUCUGUUUCAUCCAUCCACCAUCAACUUUGGGUCUGCCCACAGUGAGAUUGGCCACAGUGAAGAGAAUCAUGCACACAGUGGAAAUGCAUACAGGCAACCUGUAUCUGCACAGAGUGCCAAUGAAGGAAACAACUAUGAUCACCACAACCUUGCCCCAAAUCUGUUUCAUCCAUCCACCAUCAACUUUGGGUCUGCCCACAGUGAGAUUGGCCACAGUGAAGAGAAUCAUGCCCACAGUGGAAAUGCAUACAGGCAUCCUGCAUCUGCACAGAGUGCCAAUGAAGGAAACAACUAUGAUCACCACAACCUUGCCCCAAAUCUGUUUCAUCCAUCCACCAUCAACUUUGGGUCUGCCCACAGUGAGAUUGGCCACAGUGAAGAGAAUCAUGCACACAGUGGAAAUGCAUACAGGCAACCUGUAUCUGCACCGAGUGCCAAUGAAGGAAACAACUACGAUCACCACAACCUUGCCCCAAAUCUGUUUCAUCCAUCCACCAUCAACUUUGGGUCUGCCCACAGUGAGAUUGGCCACAGUGAAGAGAAUCAUGCACACAGUGGGAAUACAUACAGCCAACCUGUAUCUGGACAAAGUACCCAUGAAGGGAACCACUAUGAUCACAACUACCUUGCCCCAAAUCCGAUUCAUCCAUCCACCGUCAACUUUGGGUCUGCCCACGGUUACAGUGGAAGUCCAUACAGCCAAAGUACCCAUGAACUGAACCACUAUGAUCAUAAUAGCUUUGCUCCAAAUGUGAUUCAUCCGCCCACCACCAACUUUGGGAGCAACCCCACUGUAGGCAUACCCAGUGUCGACAUUUCGGAGCACAUUGGAAAUGCAUACGGCCAAUAUGGAUCUGCACAAAGUACACGUGAACAGAACCACUAUGAUCACAAUAACCUUGCCCCAAAUGUGAUCCAUCCAUCUACUAUCCACUUUGGGUCUGCCCACAGUGAGAUUGGCCACAGUGAACACCAUCAGGCACACCGUGAGAAUACGUACCACCAACCUGUAUCUGAACAAACCACAAGUGAAAGAGACCACUAUGAUCACGAUGGAUCUCUCCACGUUCAGAAUAGCCCGAGUAAAAUCAGUCUCGUUGAUAUCUAUUUUGGGAGUUCGAAUGGCCACCAUUUAGCUGGCCCUAGCCAAAGUGGUAGUAAUCUUGGAAACCUUGAUAGACCGAGUCUAUACACUAUACACUAUGGGUAUCAUCAUAGUGGAACUACACCCAAUGAAGGCGAUUCUCUUGCGAGUACACGUGCUCCUCGUAUCUAUGAAGUAAUCGGUCUAGGCCCUGCUCUUGCGAGGACAUUUGUACCAAAUGCAUUGAAUACGGACAACAACAGAAUUUCCCCCAGCGGCACACAUCGAAGCGUCCAUCUUCCUAGGAAAAAGACUCCCUAGGCUCUUUCAGUCUCCUCUGCAACAGCAAGUCAUUGGCUACGAUUUCCCCCAUCCACAAGAUCCCUCCCCUGGUAAAUGUGUUCAUCACAAUCACAUUCAUACAAUGAAGUCCAGCAGCUUCAAGCCAAGCUCAGAACCUCACACUGGUGUAUGUGCCUUCAUAUAACAGCCUUGACCCCAUUGAGACUGAGGACACCAGCUACACUACUCACACUGCAUUACCAUAUCCAUUCAAUAACCACUUUUAGGUAUUUUAUUGUCGGACUUCGGUGGCGCCCUGUCGGCCGAGUCUUUCCGGUGUGUCCCGCACACCGAUUUUUGCAGGGCUCCGACGCCGAUUCAACAUUGAAACGGCGUCGGAGCCCCCGGAGCCGUCGAUGAGAGAGCUCUCUGAUUGGCUGUCCAGCUAGCAAAUCAGUGCACGAGAAGAGAAACGGAAGCGACGAAAGCAAGCCAUUCCAAAGUUACUAUCACUACCAGACAUAAUUUUCGAUUAGUAUUACUAAAUAGCGAGAGAACAAGGAAAUUGCUGCAAACUGUUUGUUGUGAGCGAGACGAUGGCUGCUUCUAGGUCCAACGCAAUGCAAACGCAUUCCCCGGUCUUCCGGUUUCCAUUUUUUGAAAGACGAGUUAUUACCUCUCACGCAGGCGCAGAACGUACGUGCAACUCGGCCGUUGGCGGACCGUCGGUUUGGUGUGUCCGGGCCUUUCCCCCUUCUGAUGUUUGGCGUUAACACCUGAACCUCUUGACCUUGUCUGCAUGCUUUUAUGUAUUCGCUUGCUGAUUGGCUGAUAUUAGAUAUUGGCAUUAAUUGGCUGGUGUACAGGUGUAUCUAAUAAAGUGGUCAACCAUUUCAUAUAGUUUUGAAAUGCUGAAUAAUGCCUUUGCAUCAUAAUAAAUGUAAAGCAUGAGCUGAGACAAAAAUCAGAUGCGCCCAUUUUGUGAUCUGCGUUCCGAUCCUGGAUGGUAACCCAGAAGUAAUUUCUUACGAUUUUCUUGUCAAAUGUGAUUUUUGUAUCAAUGAUUAAAGCUUAAUGUUAAUCUAAUUAAAUUCCCUUCUUAUAUAAACGCGAGCACAAGUAUGCUGAAUACACUAGGGCCCGUAUUUUCUGGAAUCAACAUCGCAUGGCACUUUGGUGCAGUCACGCGGUGAGGUGCGUGGCUAUUGAAUGUCGCCAUUUUCCCAAAGUCAA